AUGUACAAUAUCCAGGCUUUGUUGAGCUCGAUACAAUCUGGGGUUCAGACCAUUUCUCCAGAGACGCACCAACAGACAAUUGCCGCGAUCAAUAAGUUUCAAGACGAUCCGGCACUUUUAGACACCAUACUACCAAGAUGCGUGCCUCUUUUGACGAACUCGUUCUUUUGUAUGUCAAAACGUGACCAAAAACUCGUUGCGGAGCUCUUCUACAAUCUUGACAAGAUCUCCCACUCAAAAGUCCUUAAAUCAUUAGAUACAAGUAUUUUUAGAUUAAACGACAUUUUAGAAUAUUUACAAGAUCAAGCUUCGCCUUCUUCUUUCAGCGAUGUCUUGUGCGUCUAUCUAAAUUUUUCUUGGCUUAGCGUCAUUUUGCUUUCACCUUACACAUUCAAAGACAAAUUCAGCAAAACGCUUCGAGUAUCAUCGAGGUUCGAGAACUAUCCGAUUUGCAUACCUCCGAUUAACAAGAUUAAAGCCGUUUUAUAUUUCAAAAACUUCACACAUGCGUUUGACCAGCUACCGGAACCGGAACAGUCAAAUGUACCAUUUCUCAACCAGUUUUUAAAACUGUUUAUUCAGUCAUCACAAACUGCAAACACCUACUUCUCGCAUGAGAAUCUAAGGCACUUACAACAAGUUGCGCUGUCCAGUGACGCAAUAAAGCUCCUACCCAAAUUAUUCCAGAUUUCGUACAAUCGUGGGUCUCACGACAUCCUAAAUGCUAUAAUAGAAUUUUUCCAAGACCAUCUCAAUUCAAAUUCCACGGAUACCCGAUUCAAAUUGGCGCACUCCUUCGCUAAGAUUAUCAAGUUCCUCCACCAGACGGAUCCACCAUCUUCUAUCGAACUCAUCGAAUAUACCAUCGAAAAUACAGUUUCUCUAUUACAGGCCUCUUGCGAUUCCAUUGAUAGUAACGAGUUGCACACCUCUCUCCUCAUCAUUGCCGAGGUGGCGCUGGCUAAAAUUCUCCCUAUAGAUUUGGUCAACCUCGUAUUGACUCAGAUCAUCCCUAAAACUUGUCAUUUCCAGCAAUCCCACUUUCAAAUCAUCAAGGGCCAUCAUAUCAGGGAUUCGACAAGUUUCAUUAUCUGGUCAAUAAUAAGGUCAAACAAUGGCAAUAGUUUGUCGUCACGGGUCCUACAGUCGCUAUUGUCUCACUUACUAAUAAAUGCCUUUUUCGAUUCUGAAUUAAUAAUCAGAUACUCGAGUUUUGCUGCUCUCCAAGAAUUACUGGGUAGAUCCAACAAAUCUCUUGCGCUAAAUCAAACGGAUAUCGCAUCCAUAUUGCAGGCAAACUGGAAGGAUUUACCGAGAUCGUUCGAGGAAAAUUCGGGUCUAAUUCACAGACUGUUCAACCCCGAAAACACCUUGAAAACUACUGUUUGCGUGUGGAACAUAUUCAUUGAUUGGUCGUCCAAUUGGAAUUUACUGGAAAAUUUACAUUUGACUACAAUGAAACUCAAUAUAGAUUACAAUUUAGUGCCACUAAUCAAGGCAAAACUAUACUCAACCGAUUUAUUGCAAGUAAUAUUAAACAAGUCUGGCCAUUCAAUCACACAAAACUGUCAAAUUUUGUACUUGCACUUGAAACUGUUCGAAAAUGACGUAAAUUGCCCCAAAACAAGCGAGAUUUGUACCGACAUUUAUCAAAAUAAGAUAAAUUUCCAACUAACUGGUCAAGGGAAAAGACAAUUUAACGAUAAUUCGCCCGAAUUAUUUCAAAUUUUUGUCAUUUUGAAAUACUGGCAAUUGAUAGGACGAAAUGAUUUCAAUCAAGAAUUGUUUUGGAAAUUAGUAAGUAUUAUAUCUCCACAGAAGAAAUUAAACUUGUACAACGAAUUCAUCCCUCUAGUACAGCGAAUAAUAUCUCAAUGCGUCAAUUUAAACUAUUCAAGGAUCGCUCAACUAAUUAAAUCGGGCAACGAAUUAGCUUGCCGCUCAAUAUGUCAUCUGCCCGAUCAAGAAAGGAUGUGCUCUCUUUUCUUUUCCCAGUUCCCCUUAUUAACACCUCAGUCCAAAUCGGUUCUGAUAGAUGAAGUUGACCAUCAUUGGGAGGAUAGAAUAAGUUUGCUCCCGUCGACUUCGUACCAAAAAUUUCUCAGUAUCAUUAUUAACUGCCUCGAUGAUUAUACAACAACACAACAAGGUGACGUAGGACGUCUAGUAAGAAUACAGGCUUUAAAAGCUAUACAGGCACAUCCUGGCUUGUUAUCUGGGGAUGGUGACACCAUCAGGCCAAAAUUAACGAGAUUGCUGGCGGAACCUGUACCAGAGAUCAGAAGACUAAGUUUCCAAUUACUUACUUCAGUCGCACCGCAAGUCACUGAGCUAUCUGACUCUUCAAUACUUAAUUACCAUCACAAAAAAGGUCUAAGCAAAGAAUUCUGGAAAGGAUAUGUAGUAAGCGCUGGAGCAAUACAUUUUACCGACUCCCAGCUCACUUCAUCAAUUGAUUCUUUUAUCGUGUACUUUAGAUCUUUAUCUCCUUCGCAACAGUUGGAAUUAUGCCAUGAUUUAAUCAGGAUAAUUCCGAGUGCUAGACAAAUCGGUGAAUUAAGAAAAUGUGAUUGCAAUAAAGAUCCAUUAACGGGCGGUAUGAGGUUUGAUACCAUCAAAUUCACUAUUAAUUGCGUAAAAUUUUGGACUAGAAUCAUGGAAUCUGGUUUAGUUGUUUUGCACCAUGAUUUUGAUUUUCAAGGUGUUUUCGCCAAAUUCUAUAACCUACAUUUAUUAGAGAAUGUGACAUUGAGAGUAAACGUCGUCAAAUUCCUUCCAUUCUUGGCAAUUUCCUGUUACUACACAAUGAGAGAAACUACUGACCGAAAUAAUCUAUCCAACCUGGUCAAUUCAAUUUUGAAAAGGCUGCUGGUUAUUGUGAAACGUGAAUACACAGCAACGAAAUCAAAGUUUAUGAUAAAUCAAAAUAUUGCUUUGCAAAGUAUGUUCCAGAUAUUUUUGGAGUUAAGUGCCACCAGACAACUCCAAACGCUACAAGCGGCCUGCCAGAAUCAUGAGUUGGCGGAUAUAUUAGAGUCUGAUAUCACUAUAUAG